CUGUCGGGUAGGUAAUGCCAACUCGGGAAAGGUAGAUGUCAUUCUCCCACAAAACUUGUCAGAUGACAAAAGAUGACGAGAAAAAGAACACAGAGAAAAUGUUGAAAGAUUUCUCUAUGAAGCCUACCCUGUUUAACAAUGGUUCACUGUUGUUGACCACUUUACUUCCACGGACAAACAAUCAUGAGGACACUGUGGACUAUGGUGAUUAUUACAAAGGACUUGCACUGGCUUUGAGUUCCUGUGUAUUUAUUGGGACUAGUUUUAUUGUCAAGAAAAAAGGAUUGCUAAAAGUUUCAAGAACUUCUUCAUCCAGGGCAGGUGAAGGGGGAUAUGCUUACUUGAAAGAAUGGAUGUGGUGGACUGGUCUUAUAACUAUGAUCAUUGGAGAAGCUGCAAAUUUUACAGCAUAUGCAUUCGCUCCAGCUAUACUGGUAACUCCUUUAGGAGCUCUUAGCGUUUUAGUAAGUGCUGUGUUAGCAUCCAUCAUGUUAAAAGAACGUCUUAAUUUGCAUGGUAAAGUUGGCUGUUUUUUAUGUAUCGUUGGCUCCACAGUGUUAGUCAUACACGCUCCUCCCGAAGAUGGUGUGAACACGAUGGAGGAUCUUUCUGCUAAACUGAGAGAGCCAUUGUUUAUUUGUUACACUGCUGCUGUUUUCAUUGGAGCUGGCGUCCUCAUGUUUUAUGUUGCUCCGUCUCAUGGAACGAAAAAUGUAUUAGUGUAUGUAGCUAUAUGUUCCGUGGUCGGAUCCUUAACUGUGAUGGCCUGUAAAGGAUUAGGAAUUGCGUUGAAACUUACACUGAAUGGAAAGAAUCAGUUAUCUAAUCCUGUUACGUGGAUGUUGUUAAUUGGAGGCGCGCUGUGUAUCAUGGUACAGAUGAAUUACUUGAAUAAAGCUUUGGAUGUUUUUAAUACUUCGAUCGUUACGCCGAUUUAUUACGUCAUGUUUACGACGUGCACCAUUUUGGCUUCCGCUAUUUUGUAUCAGGAAUGGGCAAACCUGAAUGCAAAAGACUCUCUUGGUUCAAUAUGUGGAUUUUUAACUAUUAUUUGCGGAGUUUUUCUUCUGCACGCUUUUAGGGAUAUCAAAUUUUCUUUACGAGAACUUUAUGGUUCUGUUUCUGGUACCAACGACAGAAGAUUACACAUGAAUGAUAGAAAUACGCUGAUGAAUGGAGAGACGAAUGUAUUGAUGGCUAAUAUUCUGGAUGAUGACGAAGAAGUUAGUGAUGAUGUCUACCUUGCUAAGUCAGGUGGGCUGAACAGUCCGACGGAUUUAACUACUAGUAAAUUUUAACUUUUAAUGCUUAUUUAACCUCGCUUUUAAGUAGAGCUUGAGAUUUAUUUAUCGUAAUCAAGUUGCUAAUAUUUUUUGACUGUAAAUGUAUUCGUUAAUGUAUACAUUAAAUUAUUUUUAUAUUUGAUACACGAAGUGA